UAUGUCAGAAAGGUACGGAAUAAUACAUUUCACGAAGAAACGCUCAAACCAGCUUGCCGUCAUGGCGAAUUUAACGUAUAUUUCCUACUUAGUUGUAGGAUUGUUUCUAAUUUAUAUGUCAUUUCGAGAAAUAUCACAUUCAGAAGCAUCGGUUGAACCAAAAUUGAAGUCCAAAUUGUCUCAAUUCGCCGCUCCAACCCUGACUGUAAUGUACUGCAUUUCCUGAGGGUAUCGGCAGGUGUUUGAGGAGUACGCUACCCGUCUUCGUCAGCGUUACCCCGACCUUCGCAUCGAAGGAAACAACUUCCCUGCCCACCCCUUACGCCGCUACGUCGCCUCAUUCCUUGCCAUGGCUAAGAUAGUCCUGAUCGGCCUGGUUGCCUGCGGUUACGACCCAUUCCCUAUGUUCAACAUGGAGACACAUCCUGUCUGGAGUUGGGCAAUUCAAAACAAAAUCUAUGCAUGUAUGAUGCUGUUCUUCAUAAGUAAUGCCAUUGAAGGACAGUUGCUUUCUACCGGGGCCUUUGAAGUUACAUUUAAUGGUAUGCCAAUAUGGUCAAAGAUAGAAUCAGGAAAAGUCCCCAAGUUUCCUGAGCUGGUCCAAAUUCUUGAAAACACCAUGAAACUAAGUUACAGACAGAUAUAAGUACAUUUACCAAGGGCAGAAACAGAUGAUUGUCCUCUAUGAUGCAAUAUUGAACCUGACAUGUUUAGUUGCCUGCAGUUUUAUGCCUUCACGAAGCUCCCCACUUCUCACAAAAUCGUUGGAAGAGAAAAGUGUUUUUACUUGCGAUUCCUGUACUACAAAAACAUCAGAGACUGAAUUUGAACUCUUCAGAAUGGAAGUGGGUAGCUUUUAGGACAGGCCAACCUCCAAUUCAGUGUAUGACAUAAUGAAGGCUGGGGCGGAAAGCUUUAUCGAGCAAGCCUCGGCUGGAUCAACAUCUGUUUUGACGGAAACAGAUGCGUCCACCAACGGAGGAUAAACCUGCUAUAUACAACCAACCACCAGGUCUACUGGGAUUAUAUAUUUUAUCAUCUUCUUUUCACCAUUACCUCUUCAAUAAGAAUUGUUAUUCUUGAAAUAUUUUUGAAAUUAUUGUACCUAUUGAUGUUUCAUGUUAUGAUGGUGGUUUUUAUGCUCUUGAGUCCAGUUCUAUUUUUCAUGCUCGUGAUCUCUCUUUCAAUGUCUAUCUUUUUUCUCUCACACUUUCUCUCUUCUCUCUCUCUCUCUCUCUCUCUCUCUCUCUCUCUUAAAAUUAUUGUCAUUAAAGCGUACCCAUCAACUGUAAAAAAUAGUUUGCGUAUGUAGCUAGAAUGUAUAAAAACCAACAUCACAAAUCUUACCUGGCAUUCUAUAAGUAAUCAUUGAAAGUGAAUGAAGAAAUGAGAGGAAGGCAUUUAACCCCAUGUAUUGGGCUUGCAUAGAACCCAAGUCGGUCUUGAGUUCUGUGUGAGCCCCAUUCUAUGCGAGUGCGUUAACUAGUCUACUCAACAAGACCCUUUACUGUUCACUGAGAAUGUAUUUGAAUUACAAUGUAUCUUUGUAGAUGUAAUAUUUAAAGCUCAUACCUGUAUUUUAGAUACGGUAUAGCCACAUGUAGUACCACCUUCCAUCAAGGGUAAAACCUGUUUGAGUGAUCGUUAAUUUCUUGAUAGUAAUGAAAGGUAUUGACUUCUCGUGUUUCACAAUACAUGCGCCACCAACGUUCGUACCAUGAGAGGCACCCGCGGGUCGACAACAAUUUCACAGAUGUAUGAGAUAACAUUCUACAGCUUCACAAUAGAUAAGCGAAAUGAUGAUGUGCCGGGACUGAAUGGCCGCUAGCCGGGCAGGCUCCCGGUGAUGUCUCACCAGCGUGCGAUAAAUAACUAGCUACCUGAAUUGUCAAGAAAGUUGUCGACCCAUCUCCCCAAAUUACCGCUCUAGAGUGACUGUCGCAACUGAACCGAAUGAGGGCACAAGGAUUGUGAAACGCAAGAAUUGGUUAUGAAAAUUAUUUAUUUGGGUGGUACGCACGGAGUACAUGUUAUCCUUUUCCUUUGAAUUGACUGCCUUCUUGUGUGCAGAAAAUUUGUUUGUAAUGUACAUGUGUGUCAUUUGAUCUUUCAGUAGUAUUAAAUGUCUGUUUGUCAAUCAUCUAUCAUUAAAAUCACUGAAUAUGAUACGCACAUGUUCAUAUGAGUCUAGUGUACAAAUAAUUUCCCCCUGGAUGUACGUGUAGAUUUUUUUUCCGAUAGCUUGUACUGUCGAAUGGAAUCCUUAUGUGAAAAUAAUUUCAUUUGUAAAAUGUUGGACAUCUGUUGGAAAGUGUAAGGGUAUUGACGUGGAGGUCUGUUUACAUGUAUUUCUUGACGUUUGUUGUGAUAUCUCAAAUUGUUAAGGGUACAAGUAAAAGACUAGUGAGCUUGUUUUGUGUGAAGAGUUAAAUUAAAAUGUGCAAUAUAUGAAAUGAUGACUGUACAUGAAUUCUUCCCCUCGACCCCUUUCAAACUUUGAUGCAGUGAAAUCUUUUAAAAUAUCGACAAGAAUAAGAAAAAUUAAAUAAAAAUAAAACCCCUCCAUCUUACAGCAAGCCAGAAGUACUCAAUUAAGCUGAUAUCUCUCUCAAGCUCAAAUCCCAUUCUACUUUACUUUAAACUAGUUUCAGUAAACAUGCUUCUUAAGACAAAUGAAGUACGGUAUAUGUUCCUGCGUGUACUUGCUACAUAGUGGUUAUAAAAGAUAUUGUGAUUCAGCAGUUUAAAAAUAAACAUUUUUGAUUCAGCACAAAACCUGUAUCACAAAAUGUUAUGCAAUGUUAAGCCAUACAUGAAAAAUUGACUCGUUUCAAAUUUAUUCUCUAUAUCAAGUGAAUUAAGCGUGCAUGUACAGAAUGGUGGUAUUUUUAUUGUGUGUGGAGUGAAAAAUGUAAAAUAAAUACUGAUUCCAAUAUCGAAGAUUUUGUAACAAAAUGAUAUACUAUGUGAGACAACAAAUUGAACAUGUUUAAUUUGGUCUGUUAUUUAAAUGGUGCAUAAUACAUUAAACAAAUUAUUAUACCCUGUAUUAGAUGAUUUUUGUUUAGAUCCGAACCUAGUAAGACAUAAAUAUGGUAUUGCAAUGAAGAAUUAUUUCUCUCCUUAUCUCUUACACAUUUUUGUUACCCUUAUUUUAUUUCAAUUGUUAUUCAGUAUCUUAUGAAGGGGUUGUAAAAUGGUAUAACACUGGUACUCAUUAUUUAAUAUGAAUACAUGUAUUUAUUUGUCAUACUUUAUUCACAAUUACUUGAACACUUAUUAUUUUUAAUGAUUAUUGGAUUGUUAUCAGGGUACUGUAUUUAGAUUAUUUGGAUUGUGGUGGUGAUGAGUAACAUACUUCAUGGAUACUUUUUAUAUACUCCCAAAUGUAUGUUAUUCCUGGAAGCUGGGGGUGUUUCACAUAAAUCCUAAGUUGGACUUAACAAUUAUGGUAAGCCGCUAGCAUCUAUGAAAAUAUUUUGUUAGAGUUAUUUCAAAAGGUAUAAAAUGUUGAUUCAAAUCAUUCAUAUUUUCUAUUAUCAAGGAGAAUUCAUGUUCUUGGUGUGGAAUUUAUACAAAGUCUGAAAUAGUUGAAUUUUCGCUUUUGAAUAAAUUUUAUUUUAGGAUCUCUGUAAAACACCCCCCCCCCCCCCCCCCCCCCCCCCGAUCAAAGUAUAACUUUCAUCCAUGGAUUGAUCUACUACAAUGUGUUCACCAUCCUUUUCUGUGCAACUUCUUUUUAUUGUAAUUUUGUGAUAAAAAUGAUUAAUGAUUAUACAAAAAUAAAUUAAAGCCACAAAAUUCAAACAAGUUUAUUUUUGUGGUCACAUGAUUUUUGUUAGUUCAUUUUGUCAGAGAGUCAUAUUUCGUAUGGAAUGAUUUGAUUAACACUUGGUGUUCCAUAAAUAUGUAGACUAAAUGUAAUUAACAACAAAAUUAUUCAUACCCUUACCAACUUUUGACAUUUUUGAGUACCGGUAUGUGAAAAAUUGAUUUGUCCUGAUUCACGUUUCUUGAGAAUGUGACAUAUCAAUGCUUACAUCUAAAAGUAUUCAACAAAUGCCCUACUUUAACCAGUCCACCUUUCAUUCUUGAGUUAAAAACACACACAAAUUAACAAGUAGGGGUAUGCAUAAUUUAGUUAACUAUAAUUCGACCCACUAUGACAGUUUGUUGGAUGCUGUCAAAAACGAUUUGUUUUUUUAAGAUACAUACGUCAGUGUACGACAGGUGAUGAAGAAGCCCCUGCUCUAUCUGACACUGUAACAUUCCUGUACAUGCUAUAUAGCGCUUAGAGACUUCGGUGGUAAGCGCUUUAUAAGUAACGUUUUUAUUAUUAUUAUUAUUUAUCUCCCGAGUGCGGGAAGGGUGUUUAUGCCGUGUAAAAGUGUUAUUACAUAACUUACGCAAAAUUCAACAUACCGGAAGGAAGUGUAAAUACAUGUUUGGUCCAAAAUAUAAUUUGACUUGUUUGAAUUCUGCAGAGUUAACUGAGGUUAACAACCUUCUCGCUCUCAUUGUUGUAAGAAGUAAAUAGACACAUCAUUGAUAGCAGAAUACUGUCAACUUUUGCUAGUAUUAUGCACCUAAUAAACUGCAUUUUCAACAGUUA